GCCAUCAGCAUCUACAACGGCUCUUUGAGGAAACCUUCAUAAUGAGCUACAACAACAUUUAAUUUCCCUUUGGGAUUAAUAAAGUAUUUUUGAAUUUGAAUGUACAGUGCUAUGCAGAAAUCUUUAUAUCCCUUGAACGUUUUCACAUUUUGUAAUUUUAUAAUUCAUUGUAUUUUAUUGGGAUUGUACAUGACAGACCAACAGAGAGGCACAUAACUUUAAAGUGGAAGUGAAGGAUAUAGCGUUUUCACAUUGUUCUUAGAAAUUAAAAUCUAAAGUGUGAAGUGCAUUCAUAUUAACUAGGGUUGGGCAUCGUUUGAAUUGAAACGGUUACGAUUCCUCGCUUCAAUUCUGGUGGACUAUUUAUUAGCUCUAUUGUUGUUAUUGUUGAACUAACCUAAAUGUUGGUGAUUCCACAUCUGAAAAGGGAUACAACCUUUUCAGAAUAUAUGUUCUAACCUCUAUGUGUCAGUCUUCAAUUUGUUGCACCGACAUUUUUCCUUUGAAUGUUAUGGUGACCAGAGUAGCACUGGUGGUCUCUGGUCAACUGCCUGGCUAAUGGUAACAACUUCAGGAUGUUUAUCUAUGAAAAAUACAUUGGCUAAUGUUAGCUGGGAAUUUGUAUUUAAGAUGACCCACCAUUUUAGGGCAAGUAUGACCUGUUUGCUGCCUCAGUGUUGAUAUAAGACGGAUUUUAUUGUUUUACUUACCUGAUUCUGACUGCAGUGAGAUGCUAAGCUGUAUGUCAGAAGAAAAGGCAGCGGAGCUGCACUUCAAAGACAGGGCACUUUGUUACGUCUACACCAUGAAUCCGGAGGUGUUUUAUCAUGUUGCUGUUGCACCCUCCGUUGUAUGAUAUAAUCUUAUUGGAAGUGUUGACCUGAGCCAACUGGUCAUUUCUUUUAUUAAAAUUAAGCCACACUUCAGUGGAUUCUUCAGUAUAUUCUUCUUCGUUGGUGUUCAACACUUCUUCCGGUCAGCAGACUGGGUAUCGAAACUAUAACUUGAAAUUUAAAAAAUUUGAACGAAUCCAGGAGAAUCGGAAUGUUAGUCCCAGUUCCAGUUGACUCAAUACCCAACCCUAGUUUUAUCCCCAGUUUACUCUGAAACCCCUCAGGUAAAAAUAGUAAAUAUAGUGCAGCUUUGUGUAAUUUAAUCUCAGUUUACAGCUGCUAUGUUAAAGCCUUAGAAGUUUGUUGGAGAACAUUAAAGAACAAACAGCCUCAUGAAGACCAAGGGACAAAGCAGUUCAUUAAUUAGAAAAGCAGCCAAGAGGCCCAAUGGUAACUGCUGGAGCUGCAGGGAUCCACUGCUCAGGUGGGAGAAGCUGUUGAUGACACAGCCAUGAGUUUUGCACCAUGCAUAUCUGGCCUUUAUGGAAGAGUGAAAGCUAUUGUUGAAAGAAAGUCAUAAGAAGUCCUGUUUAAGAUUUUCCAUAAGCCAUGUAGGGAACACACAAAUGUUGCCUGGGUCCGAAAAGAACAAAAUAGAACUUUCUUGUCUGCAUGCUAAAUACUAUGCGUGGCAGAAAACUAAUACUGCACAACAGCCUGAACACACAAUACCCACAGUUAAAUAUGGAAGUUCCAGCAUCAGGCUGUGGGACGCUUUACUUUUUCAGCGAAGCUGGUCAAAGUUAGCAGGAAGAAGAUGGAUGGAGUUAAAUGCAGGGCAAUCCUGAAAGAAACCCUGUUAGAGGCUGCAAAAGGCUUGAGGCAGGGGGGUUAAGGCUCUCCUUCCAGUCGGACAAUGAUUGAAACGUGGUUCUAUGAAAUAUUAACUCAGGGCAGCUGAUUUAAAAGCAUGCCAAACUUUUAAAAUUUAUAUUUGUAUUUUCUCCUUAUGCUGGAUGUAGUAUUAGUGUAUCACAUAAACUCCCAGUAAAAUACAUAGAUGCUUGUAGUUAUAACUUAACAAAAAGUGAAAAAGUUCAACCGGGUAUGAAUAUUUUUGCAAGGCAUUUCUAUCUGAAUACUUGAUGCUGUAUGUGGUGUGUGUCUUAAUUAAGCACACGGUGGUAAUGAUCCUUUAUUCAAACUUCUAAUAGACAGAGAAGCUGCUAACUGAUCUGGGAGCUGCUUUUGUCAGAGCAUCAACUCAGGUCAAUUGGAAAACCUAACCCAGCUACAUUCUGUGGUGCACAAACCUAUGCUGUUCUCAGAUAUUCUUUGCUUUUGCGUCUGUGUUGACAGGGUCGUGAUAGUGGGUGGAUGUGCUUUGUUGGUGUGUCUGUGUGAGAGCAAAUCGCUUUGCAUCUAAUCUCUGAAAGUGAUGGAGCGGGAGGAGGGUUUUUGCUGCAGCUGCAUGAGAAAAAAAAAAGUAUGAGCUUGUCCACCUAGUGCUUUCUUCACAGACGACUGCAUGAUAAUCCCAAUCUGAGGCCAUUAGUGCGCUGAGAGAGCGAGCGAGGCAAGGGUUCACCAGAGAGAGGGAGGGAGGAGUGACUGCACUGGACAGAGACGCACACGGCUGAAAAACGGCAGAGGGAGAGCUUUUAAGGGAUUUGGCAGUGAUUUGUAGAUUCUCAUGCUGUAAUGUUGCACUUCUCUCUGCUUCUGCCAGGAUACCAUACCCUAAAGACUCUAGAGUCUUCUUUAUUUAGUCUUUGUAAAUUACAUUAGUUUCUUUUUAUAACUUGUUUUUGUUUUUAGUUGUUUUAAAUUGUGCAAAGCAGACAAUCUGAGAUGACGGAACCUUGAGACUAGGUGCAGUCCAAAAUAUCUGGACCAUGGUUGGAGGCCUGCCUGGAGAAUUUCAUGUGAUGGAUAAAAUGAAGACUGGUCCAUGAAGAAUGGGCAGGUGCCAAAGGUAGAAGGAGUGGCCUGGUGCUGUCAGUACCUCUGCUGGUCAUCAUCAUGAUAUCAGAGGCCUGUUUGUUGUUUAAUUACCACAGAUGGCUUCAUGUACUUUGGGUUCUGCUGGUGGGCUUGAGUCCUGUUUUAGUGCAGCAGGACACCCAGCCUCAAUCUAUCAAAAUCGAGGGAGACAUCACCCUGGGUGGGCUCUUCCCAGUGCACUCCAGAGGGCCUGCUGGAAUCCCCUGUGGUGAGAUCAAGAGAGAAAAGGGAAUCCAUCGCUUGGAAGCCAUGCUGUAUGCCUUGGACCAGAUCAACAAUGACCCCGACCUGCUGCCCAACAUCACUCUUGGAGCCCGGAUCCUAGACACAUGCUCCAGAGACACCUACGCCCUGGAGCAGUCACUCACCUUUGUCCAGGCCCUCAUCCAGAAGGACAACUCAGAUGUGCGCUGUUCUAAUGGAGAGCCCCCCAUCAUCCCCAAACCAGAGAGGGUGGUCGGAGUGAUCGGAGCAUCAGGCAGCUCGGUGUCUAUCAUGGUGGCCAACGUGCUCAGACUCUUUGCGAUCCCCCAGAUCAGCUAUGCCUCCACUGCCCCGGAGUUGAGUGACAACAGCCGCUAUGAGUUCUUCUCCCGUGUGGUGCCCCCAGACUCCUACCAGGCCCAGGCCAUGCUGGACAUCGUCAAGGCCAUGGGGUGGAACUACGUUUCCACGCUGGCCUCCGAAGGCAACUACGGAGAGAGUGGCGUGGACGCCUUCGUACAGAUAUCCAGAGAAGCAGGGGGGCUGUGCAUUGCUCAGACCAUAAAGAUCCCCAGAGAGCCGCGACGAGGCGAGUUUGACAAAAUCAUCAAGAGACUAAUGGAGACUUCUAACGCUCGCGGGGUAAUCAUCUUUGCUAAUGAGGAUGAUAUCAAACGGGUGUUGCAGGCUGCAAAAAAAGCCAACCUGACAGGCCACUUCCUUUUUGUUGGAUCCGAUAGUUGGGGAGCCAAGAGCUCCCCCAUCGAAGAUCAGGAAGAGGUGGCAGAAGGAGCGGUCACUAUCUUGCCCAAAAGAGCCUCUAUUGAUGGGUUCGACCAGUACUUCACUUCGAGGUCUCUGGAAAACAACAGACGAAACAUCUGGUUUGCAGAAUUCUGGGAGGAUGACUUCAAGUGCAAACUAACUCGACCUGGCAUAAAAUACGACCCAGACAGAAGAAAAUGUACAGGCGACGAAAGAAUCAGUCGGGACUCUCAGUACGAACAGGAGGGUAAGGUGCAGUUUGUCAUUGACGCUGUAUAUGCCAUGGCCCACGCAUUGCACAUGAUGCACAUGGACCUCUGUCCUGGCUCCAUGGGUGUCUGUGAGAAGAUGGACCCUGUGGAAGGACGGAUGCUCCUCCAGUACAUUCACUCUGUAAACUUUAAUGGCAGCGCAGGAACUGCAGUGAUGUUUAAUGAGAAUGGAGACGCUCCUGGUCGGUACGAUAUCUUCCAGUACCAAAUGUCCAACAUCAGCAACCCAGGCUACAGGGUUAUCGGCCAGUGGACAAACCACCUGCGACUUAAUCUGGAGGAGAUGCAGUGGUCAGGAGGUGACCGUAAGAUCCCAGAGUCCGUGUGCAGUUUCCCCUGUGAGCCCGGUGAGAGGAAGAAGAUGGUAAAGGGUGUUCCCUGCUGCUGGCACUGUGAGCUCUGUGAUGGCUACCAGUUCCUCCUGGAUGAGUUCACCUGUGACAUGUGCCCUUUUAACAAGAGGCCCCUAAAGAACCGGACAGGCUGUCGGCCCACACCCAUCAUCAAGCUGGAGUGGAGCUCUCCCUGGGCCAUCAUUCCCGUCUUCCUGGCCAUACUGGGAAUCCUUGCCACUACUGGGGUCAUUGCCACCUUCGUCCGAUUCAAUGACACACCCAUUGUUCGGGCAUCUGGCAGAGAGCUAAGCUACGUGUUGCUGACAGGCAUCUUUCUCAUCUACGUCAUCACCUUCCUCAUGAUUGCAGAGCCCAGUGUUGGUGUGUGCGCCAUACGCAGGCUGCUGCUGGGUCUCGGAAUGUGCAUCAGCUAUGCUGCCAUGCUCACCAAGACCAACCGGAUCUACCGCAUCUUUGAACAGGGCAAGAAAUCGGUCACACCUCCUAAGUUUAUCAGCCCCACGUCUCAGUUAAUUAUCACCUUUAUCCUCAUCUUGGUGCAGUUACUGGGGGUGUUCAUUUGGUUCGGCGUGGUGCCCCCUCACACUACCAUUGACUACGAGGAGCUAAAGCCUCCAAAUCCAGAGUUUGCACGUGGGAUCCUGAAGUGUGACAUGUCUGAUCUGUCCCUUAUACUGUGUCUGAGCUACAGUAUUGUGCUAAUGAUCACCUGCACAGUGUAUGCAAUUAAGAGCAGAGGAGUCCCUGAGACCUUCAACGAGGCAAAGCCCAUUGGCUUCACCAUGUACACUACCUGCAUCAUCUGGCUGGCUUUUGUUCCUAUCUUCUUUGGAACAGCACAGUCUACAGAGAAGAUGUUCAUCCAGACCACCACUCUGACCGUCUCCAUGAGCCUGAGCGCCACCGUGUCCUUGGGCAUGCUCUACAUCCCCAAGGUCUAUGUAAUCAUCUUCCACCCGGAGCAGAACGUCCAGAAGAGGAAGCGCAGCUUCAAAGCUGUGGUGCAGGCAGCAACCGUGUCCACUCGCCUGUCCCAGAAGGUCAACGACAAACAGAACGGAGAGUCCAAGAUGGAACCGGACAGGUCUUAGUGACAGGAAAUGGAAAUUUGAGAGGAAAAAUCAGCAUUUAUUGUUUUUGACUGCCACGUUUGUUUCUGUCCUUUAAUUGUGGACCAAAAUACCAGCAAAUAUGGAGGUGCAAUAAGUCUUUUUUUACAGUUGUUUAUAAAACUUUACUCAACCUAGAGUAAAUCACACACACACAGAGGGACUUUAAUAAUGCUGAGCCAUCUUGAAUCAAAUGUAAAAACUGUUGUUUUCUUAAUCUCCUUUGUACCAUCCACAUACUGUUCCAGUCUAAAGUUUACAUACACUCAUCAUGUUUUAUUCAUGUUGGGCUUUUAUUGUUGCAUAUUAUUUCCCUGGUUGGAAUGAUUAUACAAUAGAUUAGAUUUGUUGCAUGAAUUCACUGUGGAUUAUCUAAACAGGGACAAAAUUACACAUACAAGUUCAAAUACAUACAUACACAUCUGCUAAUAGUUGGAUAAAUGUCCUUCAGCACACGCCACACAUUUUAUGUAGCAAUCAGCAGGGUUCUGAUAUAAUUCUGCCUGGAUAUUUCACCACUCUUCUUAUCAGAAAUGGUCAUUUAAAUUGCAUUUGUUUCUUCUUUUUUUUUUCUUAACCGUUUCCUGUCCAGCAGAGUAGGACUCAGAAUUGUUGUCUGAGUGCCAAGAAGAAGCCCAACAGAUUUACCUUCACAAGUGGAGCAUUACAGCUAAUGCUUUACUGCUCUGUUUGAUAUUUAUAAAAGAAACUUUAUUAGAAACUGCUUUGCGAUUAUUUCAGUUAUCAUUUAUUUCACAAUCCAUUCCAAAAUCUAUUUUAAUGUGUUUGGGAUCAGUGUCCUGUUAGAACAUCCAUGUGGACCAAGUUUUAACCCUUUAAGCUGUGAAGUUUAAGAAUCUUGAGCUAGUCCCUCUACUUCAAUAUUUCAUCCACCUUUUUCAGUGCAUCAGUAUCAAUGAUCAAUACCAACACCAUCAAUACCAAUCCCCACUGCAUGAUUUUACAACCACCAUACUUUACAGUUGUUUUACAGUUAUUGUCAAAUAGCUCAAUCUUUGUCUUUUCUGCCCACAUGGGCAGCUGGAAAUUUCACUUGAAGGUGUUGAUUUUGGUUUAGGGGCUUCCUUCUUGGUCAUAAACCUCACUAAAUAUUUAUGUUAAAUUAUCUUUUAACACGUUUCAAUGAGCUCUACCAUUUCUACCAAGACGUGUGAUCAAAUAUCCAACCACAAGUAUGCCUGAAGUUUAUUGAUGGAUACAAAAGGUGUGUGGGUUCUCUGCAUCUUGUUAAGAGAGAUUUAUAUAAAUGAGGCUAAACAUAUAAUGCUGACCCUGUGUGGAAUACAGAAAAUCUGAAUUCGCACCCAAUUCUUGCUUUUAAAAAUCACUGCAGUUGGAUGUUGUAAAAUAUUUCACCCUGAUUAAAGAACAGUUCAAAGGCAUCUCUAAAAGCCCUCAAUUAAUAGAAAUAUGCUUCUGAUAAGUAUAUGCGAACUUCUCAGUGGCACUGUACUUAUACCUCAGCUCAACGGAAGGGUGUUUAUAGUUUAAACCCUUCCUGGGAAAUGCUUUUAGGAAAAAGAAAUGCAUUUUCCUUCGAAGAUAUACAUGUUAGUGGAAGCCCUUGGGGCUGACAAAGACUACUGCCUGAUGGCAUCAGAAGCACUGCAUGGAUUAUGUGUUCUAUGUGUUCAUGAAUAUUUUCAAACAUUGUUUAUGAGGGAUGACCUUCUCCUCUCCCUGGAGGGGGAUUGAUUUAAAAAAUAUCACCAUGUCUUUAUUGCUGGUCUCUCAAAAAAACCUGUCAAUAGCCACUUUUACUAAUCUAAUGUAACAACAUCCUAAUUCUGUUAAGGUGAAAAUUUCAUUUAGGGGCACAAACAGGACAUGGGUGACGGUGAGCAGGAUGUUUAUUCUCUACCUGGUACUUUUACAUUUCUAUUCUGGAAAACAAUGUUUGGUAUUUCCCCAUAUUGUUCGUUAAAAUAUGAAGCAUUCUGUGAAAAGGUCAGACUGUGUGGCAGCUCGCCAAGAUCAGGCUACUCCUGCCUGAGAACCUAUCGGAGCUGAGCUGCUUUCAGCUAUAAGCCAUGAAAAGUCCUUCAUCAUGAUGAAAUUACAUUCCAGGAAAUAUUAAAAAUGUUUUAAAAAGACACUAAAAACACCCAGCUGACUCAAAAUGAGCUCACAUUCUGUUAAUACACCAAUAAGUUUCCUUUGUAACUGAGUUACAACAUUCAGCUCAGGUUUUACUUCUUUCAUAAACAAUUCUUAGAGCAAUUUCUUUUCAUAGUUUUUAUAACAGGCACAACAAACAGUUACGGAGCAGGACUUUGUUUUCCAGCUCCUUGUUUUGCCAUAAAACCUUUUUACCCAUUAGUGCUGCUUCAUUGCAUUCCAGUUAUUACUUAGACAUUGGAAUGUCCACGUUUGAAAUGUGAAAAACGUAACAGAAAACUCCUAUCUAUCUAUCUAUCUAUCUAUCUAUCUAUCUAUCUAUCUAUCUAUCUAUCUAUCUAUCUAUCUAUCUAUCUAUCUAUCUAUCUAUCUAUCUAUCUAUCUAUCUAUCUAUCUAUUUAUCUAUCUCUCUAUCUCUCUAUCUAUCUAUCUAUCUGCUAGUCUGGUACAUUAGCAUAUCAGUUAGCAAAUCUCCCUGGCGUUUGAACUUGAAAGUGGGACAGAGUUUAGUUGAGUUUAAUGUCAUUCUCAGAUCCAAGUUCUGACCUCACAACUAACUGGACUGUAGUAUAACCAAGCAGUCACUUGCACUUGUUCACAUCACAAAAUAAAUGUUUAUAGUGACAAGUGCAGCUUAAAUUAGAUUCUAUUUGGAAUAUAUUUGUUAAUUUUGAUUAAUGUUGCUUACAGAUAAUGAAAAUGUAAAUUUCAGUUUGUUAAGAAAAUAAGAAUAUAACAGAAGGCUAAUAGAAAUGUGUUUUUAAAAAGAAAUGUUGGUCUACUGAAAGUAUGUCCAUACAUGCAUCCACUUGGUUGUUGCUUUUGCAUUAAUUACUGCAUCACUGCAGCGUGACAUGGAGGUGAUCAGUCUGUGGUUCUGCUGACAUCUUCAGGAAGUCCAAGUUGCUUUGAUAAAGGUCAUUAGCUCGUCGGCA